AUGACAGGCUUCGAUUUCUCCAACUACAACCGUAACGCGGCUCUCCACGCGAAGGGAGUCCCUCUUCCCAAAGCCACCAGCACCGGUACCACCAUCGUGGGAUGUAUAUACGACAAUGGCGUUGUGAUUGCAGCAGAUACCAGAGCCACCAGCGGCCCGAUAGUAGCAGACAAGAACUGCGAGAAACUACACUACAUCGCGCCCAAGAUCUGGUGCGCCGGAGCCGGAACGGCCGCCGACACCGAGUUCACGACGGCGUUGAUCAGCUCGAACAUCGAACUGCACGCACUUUCGACGGGCCGGCCCCCACGCGUAAUCACCUGCAUGACGAUGCUGAAGCAGCACCUAUUCCGAUACCAAGGCCACAUCGGCGCCUACCUGGUUGUGGCGGGUGUCGAUCCCACCGGCAUUGGUCUUUUCACCGUCCACGCCCACGGAUCCACCGACAAGCUUCCCUACGUGACCAUGGGAUCAGGUUCUCUGGCCGCGAUGUCGGUGUUCGAGUCGACAUGGAAGCCGAAUCUGGACCGUGAGGGCGCGAUCGCCCUGUGCGCGGAGGCCAUCAAGGCCGGUAUCUUCAACGAUCUGGGAUCCGGUAGCAAUGUCGAUGUUUGCGUCAUUGAGAAGGACAAGCCUACGCAGUUGCUGCGGAACUACAUCAGGCCUAAUGAGCGUGGCGAGAAGGAGCGCAAUUACCGCUUCCCCAAGGGUACUACGGCUUAUUUGAACCAGAAGAUCAUCAGCAAGGAGGAUAUGCGGAAGUAUAUCUCUGUUGAGGAGGCGUCUGGUGAUCCUAAUUUGAUGGAGGUGGAUGUCUAA